GCCUCAGGCUGAAAUCAACCCCACCAUGUUAUGCGCCGGACUUUGGUAAGGUAGCGAUCGCAAACUUCCAUGCACAUCCACCAACCCAGCACACCUACCUAAGCUACAUCCCGUCCAAACUCGCGCUUGAGUUGCCUUCCAGAUACCAGCGUUCCCGCGAAGUUUGGAUUCUCUUAAAGACUUCCAGAGUACCUCAAUCAAUAUGGACUUCCAGGGUAUUGCGACGCAGUUCGUCGACCACUACUACAAGACUUUCGACGCCGACCGCAGCGGCCUGGCCAGCCUCUACAGGGAGAACUCGAUGCUCACAUUUCAGGACUCUCAACACCUUGGAGUCAGCGGUAUUGUCGAGAAGCUUGUGAACCUGCCUUUCCAGAAGGUCACGCACCAGCCGACGACUACCGACGCGCAACCCACUCCCAAUGGCGGCAUCAUGAUCCUGGUGUGUGGACAGCUUCUGGUGCGUGAACACAAUAAUAACCUGCUGGUAUGAUAUCCCGUUUCUAACACCUACGCUCAGGUCGACGAGGAACAGCGGCCCC